ACUAUCUUGGCUCCUGUGGAAGCCUGCUGGGAACAGGACUUCUAAAAGGAACUAUGAAUGGAAGGCUGUGGUCCAAGGCUAUUUUUGCCGGCUAUAAGCGGGGUCUUCAGAACCAAAGGGAGCACACAGCUCUUCUUAAAAUUGAAGUUGUUUAUGCCCGAAAUGAAACAGAAUUCUGUUUGGGCAAGAGAUGCGCUUAUGUAUACAAAGCAAAGAACAAUACAGUGACUCCUGGCAGCAAACCAAACAAAACCAGAGUAAUCUGGGGAAAGGCACACAGAAACAGUGUCACGGUUCAUGCCAAAUUCCAAAGCAACCUUCCUGCUAAGGCUAUUGGACACAGAAUCCAAGUGAUGCUUACCCCUCAAGGAUUUAAACUAAUGAAAAGUCAACAAAUAAAUGUGGAUUUGUGCCCUUCCCAGAGUUGUGACCCUGUGCCCUCUUUCCCUCCAUUUUGGGCUCAGGAGUCAGGUACUAAGACUCAGUCACAGAGGGAAGUCAGGAGCUCCCUUGUGAAUGCAGACUUAAGUAAAUGCAUCUUCUUCCAAAGCCUUCAUGUUUUUCUUAAUGUUGGCUUUGAGAGCCUAGUUCGUGGCCCAGGUGUCUCUGGCAGGAUGCUGGCAGUCUUGGCCAAUACCAGCUGA